CGUGGUUCUUUGAAGACGCCGCCAUCAAGAGAAAUAGAAAUUGCAGACGACGGAUUUAGUGGAAAAGAAAUUGGGAGUUGAAAAAAUAAUCAUACAGAUGAAAUAUGGAAUCACUAAAAACCCAGUGCUUUAAUCCAGAUCUAUCCCUAUUAUUAGAUUAUAUACACAAUACUUAAAUAAUUGGUCAUGAAUAGUAAAAACAGCAGAACAAUUCGCAAGAAACGACAAAGAAUGAAGAAUGAAAGAUCUAAACAUGAUAAAUUAAACCUACAGAAAUCCUUUCAACAUGUGCACUUACCUUAUAUAAUUCCUGUACAUGAUUAUACUAUUGUUAACAAACAACCAAGCCCUCAACAUGGUAGUCUUCACAGAUCACAUCGUAAUAAAGGUGAAGCACGCUAUGCCACUCAGAUUAAUUUGACCAGUAAAACAGAUGCUGGUGGCAGUUCAUCUACUAGAACUAAAAACAGCCAUUAUAAUUCAGAGAAAUUAGUAGCUACAGUGGCGCCGACUACUCUACCACAGCUGAGUAAUGCUGAACCUCGUCAAUCUCAACCUAAACCAACUCAUCAUGAUUCUACUAUAGAUUCUAAUACUCUACCACAACUUAAAUCAACAGAUGUUGGUCUCUCCACAGACAGAAGUAAACGUGAUAGCUAUGGAAAUCGUUUACCUCUUUCUCCUUCCGAAGCGUUAAAGCUGUAUCGUGGUAAAUUAACUAAUUUUGAGCAAGGAGAGAUUCUCGAUUUUCCCGAGAUCUGGUUUCUAGGUUUGGAAUCAAAGAAAAUAGAAGGUGUGUCAGGUGGUGCUCAAAACAAUGGUUAUGAUGAUGAAAAUGGCUCAUACCUUAAGGCUAUGCAUGAUCAUCUUGUUUAUAGAUAUGAGAUUUUAGAAGUUUUAGGGAAAGGUUCAUUUGGUCAGGUUGUGAAAUGUUUUGACCACAAAUUAGACAAGAUGAUUGCCAUUAAGAUCAUACGAAACAAGAAGAGGUUUCAUCAUCAAGCCUUAGUAGAAGUAAAAAUACUGGAUGCUCUAAGACGUAAAGACAAGGAUAACCAGUACAAUAUUAUUCAUAUGUUUGAAUAUUUCUACUUUAGAAAUCACCUAUGUAUUGUAUUUGAAUUAAUGGGAAUGAAUCUGUAUGAGUUAAUUAAGAAGAAUAAUUUCCAGGGUUUUAGUAUUGCGUUAAUCCGACGUUUUGCUUUUGCUUUACUACAGUGUUUAAAAGUUUUACAACGAGAGAAAAUAAUCCAUUGUGAUUUAAAACCAGAGAAUAUUUUAUUACGUCAAAGGGGUCAAAGUUCAAUCAAGGUCAUAGACUUUGGGUCAAGUUGUUAUGAACAUCAAAGAGUUUACACAUAUAUCCAGUCUCGUUUCUAUAGAUCACCAGAAGUAAUACUAGGUUUACCUUAUUCUAUGCCUAUAGAUAUGUGGAGUUUUGGUUGUAUAUUAGCAGAACUCUAUUCAGGAUAUCCAUUGUUUCCUGGAGAGAAUGAAGUGGAACAACUGGCAUGUAUUAUGGAAGUCUUAAAUCCACCUCCACAAAAUAUUCUUGAUGCUGCUACACGUAGAAGACUAUUUUUUGAUUCUAAAGGAAAUCCACGAUGUAUAACAAAUAGUAAGGGUAAAAAGAGACGAGUUGGAUCACGAGAAUUACAUCAAGCAAUUAAAACCAGUGAUGCCACAUUCCUUGAUUUUAUUAAAAAAUGUCUAGAAUGGGAUCCUGCUAUGAGAAUGACACCCGAUGAGGCAUUACAGCAUGACUGGAUUAAAGAAGCUCUUGUACAUAGAAAAGAACGUUCUAAUAAAUCUCAGAAUAAACGUUAUUCUACACCUACAACCUCUCAGGAUCUUAAAGAUCCUUAUAAAACCCCUGCUCAACCCCCUAAUAAAGAUAAAUCCAAGUCCGAUGAUUGGAAGAUAAGUUAUAAAGAUAAGCGAAGUGCCAAAACCAAGGAGCGAGUUCCACCACUAGGGGCAUCAGCAGAACAGAACCAGGAGGAUUCAGCUAGAGCUCCCAGUACUAAAAGUAGUUCAAAGAAUUUGAAGAAACAAGAUAUGGAAGCUAUAGAAGAAAAAUCAGAUAAAGAUAAGUCCUCUUUAAUAUCUGAGAAAACUGGAUUGACUCAUCAAGAUAGUGGUUUAGAAGAAGGUGGACAAUUUCUUCCUCCAAUUACAAAAUAAAGAAAAGUUCUAUCAGAGAAGAAUUAUUAAGUUAUCAGUUUUCCCUGUUUUUGUGACUGAAAUCCUAAACUUUGUGAAAUUUUUAUAUACAUAAUUUCAUUAAAUUUCUUACUAAUUAAUUUCUCGGAGUACAAAAUGUAAUGCUGAGUUCCAUCUCUUGAGACUAUUUAUUAUUAAUUGGCUACUACCUUGUUAGUAACAAAGAUAUUAAAAACUAUCAUGAAGAUAUCCAAAGCUAGUUAACAAAAUUCACACCUAUUUUUAGUUAAUGU